GGAGGUGAAAGAGGCGAAGGAGGAGGUGAAAGAGGCGAAGGAGGAGGUGAAAGAAGCGAAGGAGGAGGUGAAAGAGGCGAAGGAGGAGGUGAAAGAGGCGAAGAGGGAGGUGGAAAAGGAAAAGCGGAGGAGAAGGCAAAAGAGGAAUCCUUGCUCUUACUUCAAAGGUUUGCCGGAGAGUUGGAUGAUCUUGAAGAACGCAUUUUGAAUAGCCGUAUCGACAACAAAGAGGAGAGGCCUUUCUUGGAGAGAGAUGAAGUGAUUCAAGGAACGUAACAGAGAUGAAGGAGACGCAGCGGCUGAAAAUCAACAAGGCAAGAGUCGUUUGUUUGUGGAGCCCUCGAGGGACUGGAAAGAGCUUGGUGAUUCGACGCUUGGUCGUUACGGAUGAAUUUGCAGAAAGCCGACGAUGUGGACGCCUUCUGGUAUGUGAUGCACAGCAGAUUGUUGACGCUCAAUUUUCAGGUGAAACUUCUUCUAGGAUUGUGUCUGCCAUGGUCCUAUGGCACCUUUUACGGCUACGGCGUUAAGUUGGCAGGACGGGUGGUCAACUUCAAUUACACGAAGUUCAUCGAUGUGGUUGAACUCGUCAAAAAGUAGUUCCAAACCAUUAGCUGGUCGUUUAAGCAGCUUUGAAACUUGGGUUAGAACAUGCUGUCGGACCCUGGACGAUGUUUUCAAGCAGUGGCGUUGGUAACGGAGCCUUCGACCCCCAACCAGACAGCCCAUGUUUGGUGUUGUUGAAUCAGACCGAGCUCCUGGUCGAGCCAAUUUGAAGGACAGAUCACCCAGUUCACCCGCAUAUGCAGCCAGUUUCCUCAGCAAAUGGCUGUUUAUUGCACAGGUACCAUCAAUAUGCAGGUUGACUUGCCAGCCAGAGGAGUACACGCGUCUUGUUAUUAAGUCUUUACCAGCCCUCAUGCCAUUAUCUUUUAAAGGUGCCAAAAAAGCCAUGCAGUGGGGAGGGACACAAUACGACGAGAAGGUGCUCAUUCAAAUUGUUCGUUGCUUUGCUGGAGUCCCACGACUUCUGGAAUUUGUGUUUCAAACAGAUGGUGAAUUAGCAUCAACUCUUGAGAUUGCAGUCAAUGCCAUGUCCGAAUGUUUUAAAAAUUCCUGUUCAUCUGCAGCGCCUUUCUUCGAUCAACCAGAUGUGGUAUUGUCGCUGGUUCUUUGCUCAGCCGUUCGGUAGGGUGUCGGAAGCGACAGGAAGCUUGUGCCUGGGACAUCGACAAGGUGGUCAGACAUUUUCAACGCAGGAGCCGCAUUUCCAAAUGGCACUUCUGUGUUGGUUCCGCUCGUUUGGUGGUGUCCGGAAAGAAAGGAACAGCUGGCUCAAAAAGGCCCAAGAGUUGAACAUCAGCCUCGCAGGUCUCCUACCAGAUCCUGCCGAUUUGCUUCAGUCACAACGAGGCCCACUUUUCCGCGGGACAUGGUGGGAAGAACAGGUUUGCAAUGCUUUGGCCGCCCGUUUUCAUUUGUUCUGCCUGGCAGCUGACAAAACUCCAUGCGACACCUACGCACCAUUCCUAGAGAUCUAUCCUACGACAGACAACCAUCUACGCAGUGUAUUGGAACAAUUCAGUGUUUGCUGGAGCAACGGGGUCGAGUAUCCAAAGAAGGAAGCAAGUGUCCUGGAGAGGGUCGGGAAGGCUGUCAAGUCCAACAAGAACAUCAAGAAUGCUCAUCACGACUUGCUGAUCCCCGUGAAGCGAAUUGCAACAGGAGAUCUAGAGUACAUAGCCGCGCAGUGCCGUUACGGAAGUCCCAAAACUGUAACGGAGUUGACAUACCAGGACAAAGCGCAGAAACCCAGGACGGGUGAGACGGGAUUUGAGGUUGCUGGCAUGCCGAAUGUACUGCUGCAAAUUUGUUCCACAAGUGAAGGGAUGCAGAAGUUCCAGAAAACUACACCCUGGGCAAAGCGGCAAGAGGAGAAGAGAUAUUCACUGAUGAGCUGUAAAGCUAUCAUUGCGCAGCUUCACCUGCUCCACAUCUUGUGAUACAACUGAAUCAUGUAGCUAUGGCUUUAGCAUGGCAUGGCCAAAGUUGCCUUUCCCUCAAAAGUGAAGAUGCUGAGGCAUUUUGAAAAGCUUUGCUGCCCACCGACAGGAUUUUAAGUUGCCUACCGACAAAUUUCUAAUUGCGGCACCAAUGAUCGUGCAAACCUUGACCUGGAGUAGCUGAAUGGCAGCUGAUUCUGCUCAAACCCCAUGAGCGCUCGAAUUCUUCAGGACACCAAAGAUGUCAGUCAGACAUGUCAAAACAGAAAAAUGUUUGAUUUGGUCCAGCACAGUCAAGGUGAUUUGCUUUUUCAGUAUGAUACAUUGUACAAGGUUCCGAGAUUCUAAGUAAGGGUUCCAAGUGAAGGAUCACAUGGAGGAUUUUUCCUAAUUUUUCAUAAGAAAACUAAAAUAAUUACAAGUUUCUCCCAGGUUCUCUUAAGAAACCUAGAGCAUUUCCCCGGUUUUCCCUCGCCUCUUAAGAAGAUUAAAGAAUUUCUUGGCUUUCGUUUUUCCCACACCACCUCAUAUGUUCCAACUCCAGAUCUGCCUAAACCCGAAACAGCGAGACUUGAAGUCACAAGCAGACACAGCGGUCACUGAUAGAUCUGAAGCCGUUCGAACGUCUCCACACGCCGAAAGCCAUGGAUCUUGGCGUUCGUCGUUUUUGCUCCAGUCAGCUUGUUGUGACAGGGACGGCCAGCGUGUGAAGUCCUGCAAGGUUGUCCUAGGCUUGUUGAGGCCUGGAUAUGCAAGAGUCCUGAUGGUGCAACAUGGUGUUGGUUUUGGUUUCUUCAAGCGUUCCAGGUGAAUGCUACCCAGCAGGGACGAACCGUGCCCAUGGUCGCAUUGGCCCUUAAAUGCAGGGUUCAGUUUGGGUUGGUUCAUAUACUGUCUCGAGCAGUGUAGGCCUAGCCCACAGCGAACCUUUGUUUAAGUGUCAACUUUAUGACUCAUGUGGCCAAGUUCUUGCAAAUCUGGAGCUGGGCAUGGUUCAUUCAUGUCGGGUUUCAUGGGUGGUGUCACGGUUCGCUCGUACCUUUCGGAGUGAGAAGCAAUGACUUCUGCCGUUUCGGCCUUUUGGACCUUGAGACACUUGGCGUCUUGCCUUUGCAUUCCUACAAACACUUGGCGGACAAAAAAGGUGAACGCCAAGACGUUGUAGACCUUCAAGUUGAUGUUUGCAAUUUCCAAACAAAGCGAUUUGCUGGAUAGAGAAAACAGAACAAUAGUUGUUGUCCGUCAGUUGACUCAGCGUGGCUCAAGUGUUG